AUGGAGGAGUCUGCAACUGCGUUACAGAACUCUGUGUCACUUGCAAUCGGCCCAAUGAAGCUCAAAGACGAAUUUUCACACAGAAAGUCUUCAUUUAUGGUUGAAGACAUCGUGCAAAUUCAAAAUUUUUCGCCAUGUCCGGAGAAAGGUUUGCUCGAUCAUGGAUUUCAAGACGCAAUGCAAACUCCGCAAACGAUGGCGGGUGGUAGUUGUUCAUCAAAUAUGCCCUCAAGUUGUGAGGAACCAAGCCCUGUUCAGGGCCGAUCCAGCAAACUCCGUUCGUCGUUCUCAGUGGGUCAGGUGAUGCAAUUAGAACGAGUUUUUGAACGACAGAAGUACCUGGGUUCUAGAGACAGACAGAGGCUUGCAGAGCAGCUGCAGAUGACCGAGACACAGGUAAAAACAUGGUUUCAAAACCGACGAAUGAAGAUGAAAAAAAAGCUGUUAGAGGCUAAUGAACGCAGAGUUAAAAUGUCUUUUCGUGACAACCUCGCUUGCAUGCAGCAGACGGGACAUCAUGGCUAUCAAGCUUACCAACCAUAUCCUCCCCCAUGCCCACCCUCAGAGGUAACGCGUCUUCUCUGCCCAAGUCUCCCUCCACCAGAAUGCUCCUGGCUGAAUCAGUCGCCUUUCACUUUCCCUUCAAAUCAACCGUUUCCAAGAUAUCUGCCACCACCGCCUCCAUCUUGGGAGUGUCUUCCAGAACACAUGAUCAACACAUGUUCCUCCAUGCUAGGUGGAAGUGCGGAGUUGGAAGAAAAUUGCUAA